AUCGACGAAUACAAUCGGAAAAAUUUGAAAUCUCGUCGAUGAAGAUGACUGCUAAGAUGCGCCGUGUAUUCCCGACGGCGUUCCUUCUCUUCUUUCUGGUUCCGGUGAUGAUUCCGGUUGGUGAGGCGGUGUGGCUAGAUGUGCCUCCCACCGGAACAAAGUGUGUAUCUGAAGAAAUCCAGAGCAAUGUAGUCGUUUUGGCUGAUUACCUCAUCAUCUCCGAGGAUCACGGCGUCAUGCCCACUAUUUCCGUCAAGGUGACGUCCCCGUAUGGCAACAAUCUGCACAACAUGGAAAAUGUAACGCAUGGACAAUUUGCAUUUACAACCCAAGAAUCCGGCAACUACUUGGCGUGCUUUUGGGCAGAUGCAAAGAGUCACGGAAACAAAAAUGUUAGCAUCAACAUUGACUGGAAAACUGGAAUCGCUGCUAAGGAUUGGGCCUCUAUUGCUAAGAAAGAGAAGAUCGAGGGUGUGGAGCUGGAGAUCAGGAAACUAGAAGGCGCAGUGGAAGCCAUCCAUGAAAAUCUACUCUACCUAAGAAACAGAGAAGCAGACAUGAGGACAAUGAGUGAGAAAACGAACUCGCGGGUGGCUUGGUAUAGUAUAAUGUCGCUAGGUGUUUGCAUUGCUGUCUCUGGUUUACAGGUCGGCGAUUACGUCGAUGUGAAGGUGAAUGGUGCGAUCCACAAGGGUAUGCCUCACAAGUUCUACCAUGGUCGUACUGGUCGUAUCUGGAACGUCACCAAGCGUGCCGUCGGGGUUGAAGUCAACAAACAGAUUGGCAACAGGAUCAUAAGGAAGAGGAUUCAUGUGCGUGUGGAGCAUGUGCAGCAAUCAAGAUGUGCUGAGGAGUUCAAGCUGAGGAAGAAGAAGAACGAUGAGCUCAAGGCUGCAGCCAAAGCCAGAGGUGAGACCAUCAGCACCAAGAGACAGCCUAAAGGACCCAAACCAGGAUUCAUGGUUGAAGGAAUGACCUUGGAGACUGUCACUCCUAUCCCUUACGAUGUUGUCAACGAUCUCAAGGGAGGCUAUUAUGGAGAAGAAGAAGAAGACAAGAUUAGGAGGCUAAUCAAAACAUACAGUUUCCUGAUUCCGGUCAGGAAACUGUGGAGUAUUGACGGAAUCACGAAACCGUGGAGAAUUAUGGGCUGCAAUUGCACCAAAGGAACACGACUUAAUAAUGAUAACGUCGACAACAACGAUACCAUUAUCAACAAUGUCAAUGUCAAGGAGAGUAGAAGCAAGCCUAAGAAAACCCCCAAGAAGAAGAAAAAAUCUAAAUCUGCUUCUUCCAGCAAAGACAACAAUGUAGGAUCCGAAGAAACAAGCAACGACAAUAAAGAAGCCUCCUUGACGUUGUUGAUACCCAUUGAUGCCAAGAACAAUGAUGAGCCCGAGAAGAAGGUGACUCUCGAGAGAAAGACUUCUAGAUUGGUGUUUCAGAGACGGCCAUCAGGUAUUGAGGUUGGUCCCAACAACAUAGGGACAUUGCAACAACCUAAGAUGACUAGAAUAAGCAGUGUUAGUAAUGGAGAAAGAGGAGCUCAGGUUAUGGCUGGUUGGCCUUCAUGAAAGAAAGACACUAGCAGUAAACAGAAUGAUUCAAAACAAGUAUCUAGAGAAUCUAAAGCUGUGCCAGCUCCAGACUCCAAUGCUGAGUCUCUGACAUCAAUACAAAAACGUCAAGGGCAGAAUAACCAGAUAAGCAAUAGUGAAAAGUUCAAUCCUGGUGAAGAUGCAGCUGGCUUCCGGAUAGAACCACUGAAGAAUGGAACUGCACAAGACGGUCACACUCGUUAUGGUGUGUCCUCAGUGAAUAGAAAUGGAGAGAAUGUUAUGAUGGGCUCGAGUCGGUCUCCUAGAAAAGAACUGAGGACACAACGGUCUUUUGUUCAACGCGGAACAGCACAAUUGUCAAGAUUUUCAAACUCGGUAGCUGCUAGAGAUGGAUCACAUUUCGCUAUUGCGAAUCCACGGUGGUUUGAAGAUAGUUAUAACAAUAAUAACGGAAGACAAAAUGGAGGUGAUUGGUCCCAACGUUUGGUGGUUAAACCCAAAGAUUCUACAAAACACAAAGAAUCUAUAACGGUUUACGGUGAAAAGAAAGAGAGAAUGCACUGCUCAGGGCCUUUGGUUUCUGCAGGAGGAAACUUGGAUGAAAUGCUGAAAGAACAUGAAAGGCAGAUUCAGUUAGCGGUUCGCAAAGCUCGGGUGGACAAGAAGACGAAUAGAGGCGAUAACAGACAGACUCAAGCGUCUCUUGCUGCAAAUGGCAGAUGAGAUACAUCAGAAAAGGAUAAGAAAGGAAGAAACUUUUGGGAUAUCAGGAAAAGGAGAAAGAAAGUGUUGAGGUUUUGCAAUGUAGAGUCAACUGAUCUCUGGUGGGGUCUUGUAUGAUAUUGUGUAAUUUGUUUCAUCUUGUAUGAUAUAAAAUUAUUAGUCCUAG